GUCGCCCCGCGCGGCGGCGGGAAAUCCGACGGGCCCCUCCCGGCCGCCGCCUCCUUCUGGCCUCGCGCGCCUGCCCGGGUCGGCCCUGCUGUGAUGGAGGAGGAGGAGGAAGGGGGUGGCGAGGAGCAGCAGCAAUUCUCCUACCGACAGAGGCUGAAAGCGGCUGUCCACUACACUGUGGGCUGUCUCUGUGAGGAAGUGGCAUCGGACAGAGGGAUGCCGUUCAGCAAACCAGCCAUCGCCGCAGUCUCGGAGCUGACCUUCCGGCAGUGCGAAACUUUUGCCAAAGACCUUGAAAUGUUUGCCAGACACGCGAAAAGAAGCACAAUUAACACCGAAGAUGUGAAGCUCUUAGCCAGGAGGAGUAAUUCACUGCUAAAAUACAUCACAGAGAAAACCGAAGAGCUCGCUCAGUUUAACACAGAACAAAAAGCAAAGAAGAAGCAGAAGCUAGAGGAAGACAACACAAGAGCAGUGGUGCCGGCAGAGGCUGCCGCCGCCAGAAAGGACGGUCCUUGACUCCAUCGCCACCGGCCGGCUCUGUCCCUUCAGCAGGGGCGCGGCGGGGGGCAGGGGCUGCCACAAAGGGAUCUUCGAAGGGAUCAGUAGAGAUUAAAAUAAAAAGGCUAAGAGGCUUGCUGGGCUGUGUUCUGCGGUCAUCGGCUGCAAAAGCCAUAGCGUUGGAGCCGGGGACGCUCAAGCAAACACUCCGUGUCUCCCCUGUGCUAACACAGGAGUCCGAGGGGCCGAGGCUGGAAGUGGGGUCUCUUGCCAUUAAUAAGGUUGUGUCAGCAAUGAGAUGUGACUGACUUUUUCAAGCAAACAUCUCAGUUACCUCUUCUUCUGCAUGAUUCUUCCGGCUGACAGUCCCUGAGAGACGAGUAAAGCUGUUCGUUUAGUUCUGUUGA